UGGAUAUAUUCUCGUCAAUAUAUUAAGUAUGGGAGAAUAUCUCCGAGUGUUUUCUGCACGUUGCGACAACACAGCCAUGCCACUUGACCUCAUCCGCCACGACGGGUUUCCGCUGCCGGCGUCGUACUCCGUCGAGCACUUCGUCUCAGGGCAGAAUCUCCCUGCGCGUCCCUCCGACGUGUUCGUCUGCGCUUAUCCCGACUGCGGUACAUCCUGGGUCCUCGGCCUUGUGAACGCACUGCUCCGUGAGGAUGAACAUACAGUUCAAGCCGCAAUUGACGACGCAGCAUCUGUUCCGCACUUGGAGCGCGAUGGGCGUGAAGCCUGUGAGCGCAUGACAUCCAAAGACUCGGUUCGCCUAUUCAGAACGCAUUUGCCGUACGAUCGCACCCCGCGCCACCCUGACGCCAAGUACAUUGUCGUCGGCAGGAAUCCCAAGGACACGUCCGCGUCCUUCUACCACCGCCACAUACAAGACCAUGCACGAUGGGACGCGUAUUUCGAAGACUUUCUGGAUGGCAACGUCGAAUUUGGCGACUUUUUCGAUUUCUUCGUGCCGUGGUUCGAACACCACAGCGACAACAACGUGCUGUUCCUCACAUACGAAUACCUGCUGGCCGAGCCCCGCGACGGACUGUUGCGGAUCGCGCGCUUCCUAGGGCAAGAUGCGCUGGAAGACCGUCUCGUGGAGCAUAACAGCACGUUCCUGCGGGCGAUUCUGCAUGCCGUCCAGACGGAGAAGGACCGCAUCAAGGUCGGCGGGUGGCGACGCUUAUACACCCCCGAGCAGUCCGCCGCCAUGGACGAACGUUUCGGUGAGAUGACCGAGGGCACCGGCGCCGAGCACAUGUGGAGUGACGUCAUGUAGGAAGCAUCAUGUAGUAGGGGGUGGUAUCAUAGUAUCAUCGUCCGAUGCAAAACUGUGUAUAUUACGGCUUUUUUUCCCUGCGCUAAA